GGGCGAUAGGGUAUAAAGGGACAAAGCGAAAAGACGGUGUUUUCAGAGAAGAGGGCACUGCGCCAGAACGUCAAAGUACGGUCCUGACCCUCAGCCAUCCCGAUGGCCGUGCCAAGCUUUGCUAGGGCUUUCCCGUCGUUCGAUUGCCGUUCAGAUCCCGAAUUUUCCGCCUUUCCUCGACCGGAAAACCCUAGAUCCGGCCGAUUCUCCACCAAGCUCAGGCAUGGGACGAGCCAUGGAUCGCUCGGCGUCCACCGGCUGUUGUCUUCUUCUCUGAUCUUGAGGUUCCCUCCGAACUUUGAGAGGCAGCUAAGCACCAAGGCUCGGAGGAACUGCAGCAACAUCGGCGUCGCUCAGGUCGUGGCGGCUACGUGGUCCAACAACAAGCCUGCUAAAGCGGUCGACGCCCCUGCCACCUCGCCGGUUCAGAUUGCGACCGGGGACGAGGAGUUGGCGGUCGUCGACAAUGUUUUUUGUAGUGGUAGUGGUAGUGAUAUACAGAUUGAUGGUUUGACCGAAAACAACAAGCCGUAUUCCUUCUUGAGUUCCGAUGGCAGCGUUGCAGUUCAUGCUGGUGAAAGGUUAGGUCGCGGUAUAGUUACUGAUGCAAUAACUACCCCGGUGGUUAAUACAUCUGCUUAUUUCUUCAAGAAAACUGCUGAGCUCAUUGACUUCAAGGAGAAGCGCCGUGCAAGUUUUGAAUAUGGACGCUAUGGAAAUCCCACAACAGUUGUUGCAGAGGAGAAGAUAAGUGCACUUGAGGGAGCUGAAUCAACCUUGUUAACUGCAUCAGGAAUGUGUGCUAGUACUGUCAUGUUGCUGGCAUUAGUUCCAGCUGGUGGGCAUCUUGUGGCAACCACAGAUUGUUAUAGGAAGACACGGAUAUUUAUUGAAACUUUCCUUCCCAAAAUGGGUAUCAAGGUUACUAUAAUUGAUCCUGCAGAUAUUGGAGCACUUGAAUCUGCACUGGAUAAGAAUAAAGUUAAUCUUUUCUUCACAGAGUCUCCAACUAAUCCAUUUCUCCGAUGCGUUGACAUUGAGUUGGUGUCAAAACUUUGCCACAAUAAAGGUGCACUUGUUUGCAUAGAUGGAACAUUUGCUACACCUCUCAAUCAGAAGGCACUUGCCCUUGGGGCUGAUAUUGUUUUGCACUCUGCAACAAAAUUCAUUGGGGGCCACAAUGAUGUCCUUGCAGGUUGCAUUAGUGGUUCUGAGGAGUUGAUUUCAGCAGUUCGUAACUUGCAUCAUGUCCUGGGUGGUGCGCUCAACCCUAAUGCUGCAUAUCUGAUCAUCCGAGGCAUGAAGACGCUCCAUCUUCGUGUACAGCAGCAAAACUCAACAGCAAUGAGGAUGGCCAAGAUUUUAGGGGCACAUCCUAAGGUAAAGCAUGUCUAUUAUCCAGGCUUGCCAAGUCAUCCAGAACAUCAGCUUGCCAAGCAACAAAUGACUGGUUUUGGUGGUGUGGUCAGUUUUGAGGUUGAUGGAGACUUGCUGACUACUGCAAAAUUCAUUGAUGCAUUGAAAAUUCCAUACAUUGCCCCAUCAUUUGGAGGCUGUGAGAGCAUUGUAGAUCAACCAGCAAUAAUGUCAUAUUGGGAUCUAAGUCAAUCUGAUAGGGCAAAGCAUGGGAUCAUGGACAAUUUGGUUCGGUUCAGCUUUGGAGUGGAAGGCUUCGAAGACUUGAAGGCUGAUGUACUUCAGGCUCUAGAGACCAUAUAGAGUGGUUCGCCUGCUGCACUCUCUUGGUUUUCUUUUAAUUCCAUUGAGAAGGGGGGGUUUCUCAUUUACUUUUGUUGGAAGAUGUCAGCUGAAUGAACCUUCUAGUGAGAGCAAUAAGGUUUCUUUGUAUGACAAGUAUGGUUUAUGGUUCUUGAGCUAAAGAUAUGGAAUGAGACAUGAAUUCUAUGCAAUAUGCUGCCCGCGGCAAUGAGCUUUUAAUA